CUCGAACUGGAAAAUUCCUUCACCUGCGGCAAAAAUCUUUGUAUUUUGAGGAAACUUCCCUGACUGACCUUGCCUCAUCGCUUGUUAAUCCGUGGUGCGGGACCGGGAUCGAGAGUACCAUUGAUCGAUCUCUUUGUACACCGACCGCUUCUCAAGUCCGCAUUUUCACCCUCGACCAUACGGUCUUCUUUUCCGGGCCAUGUGUGGACCGUUAUAGAGCUAUAUUUAUUUGUAUUCUCCUAAUCCUAGACCGGUCCUUAUCGCCCAGAGACUGUCCAGAAUGGUCGUGGUCGAUCACCACGAAUACCUUUGCGAGGAAGAGAAGCGUCUGAAAGAGGACCGCGAGCGGACAAAAUACUGGAAGAAAUGGGGGCCAUACGUUGCUGAGCGGCAGUGGGCCACGGUCCGCGAAGACUACUCUGACAACGGAGACGCUUGGAGUCACUUCUCUCACGAGCAAGCCCGGUCCAGAGCAUAUCGAUGGGGUGAGGACGGCAUUGCCGGGGUCUCUGACAGCCAUGGCUUGCAGAACAUUGCCUUUGCCUUUUGGAACGAGAAGGAUGAGUACUUGAAGGAAAGACUGUUCGGUCUGAGCAAUCCCCAGGGCAAUCAUGGCGAGAGUAUCAAGGAGGCACACUUCCAUCUUGAUAACACGCCUACCCACUCGUACAUGAAAUACCUCUACAAAUACCCGCAAAGAAGAUUCCCCUACGAGCAAUUGAUCGAAGAGAAUGCGAAGCGGGGCAAACAAGAGCGCGAGUACAACAUCAUCGACUCGGAUGCCUUCAAGGACAAUCGCUACUUUGAUAUCUUUAUUGAGACAUGUAAAGAGACGGAUGACCCGGACGAGCUCCUGUUCCGUGUGACAGCGUACAACCGGGGUCCGGAGGCCGCACCUCUUCACAUCAUCCCGCACAUGUGGUUCAGAAAUACUUGGACUUGGGGCCAUGAGCCUGAGAAGCUCAAGCCGAAUGUGCGCAUGGUUGGCCCCAUGACUGCCCAGUCCAAGCACCACAAGCUGGGCACUCGGUUCUUCCAACUGUCUGCGUCCCCCGGGUGUGGGCCAGAGGCUGAUGAUGUCCAUCCGCAACUCAUGUUUACGGAGAACGACACCAACCAUGACCGGCUGUAUCAAGUCAAGAACAAGCAGCCCUAUGUCAAGGAUGCUUUCCAUCGCUGGAUUGUGGAUGAGGAAAAGGGUGCCAUCAACCCUCGAUGUUCAGGAACAAAAUGUGCCGCUUGGUAUGACUUUGGUCAAGGCGAAGGUGUCCCUCCUGGAGAAUGUGCUGUGGUCAGAUUUAGAUUGUCGCGCAAGUAUGACGGCUAUCUCAACGAAGAGCUCCUCGACGACAUCAUGGAGCAAAGGCGCCAGGAAGCGGAUGAAUUUUACUACCGCAUCAGCCCCCUUCCAAUGGCUGACGAUUUGAGGAACAUCCAGAGACAAGCGCUGUCUGGCAUGCUAUGGUGCAAGCAGCAUUACUACUUUAUCUGGGAUCAAUGGGCCAAUGGUGACCCCAAUAUGCCUCCACCACCGCCUAAUCGCAAGAACGUCCGAAACUCGCAUUGGAAGCAUAUGUACUUGGAUGAUAUCUUGUCCAUGCCCGACUCCUGGGAGUAUCCGUUCUUUGCCGCAUGGGAUUCUGCGUUCCACUGUAUUCCUCUUGCCAUGGUGGACCCGGAGUUUGCGAAGAAACAGCUCGACCUGUUUACCCGAGAGUGGUACAUGCAUCCCAACGGACAACUGCCGGCGUAUGAGUGGAAUUUCGGAGACGUCAACCCGCCCGUGCAUGCAUGGUCAGUCUUCAGGACUUUCAAGAUUGAAAGAAAAAUGUACGGCCGACAAGAUCUCGACUUUCUCGAACGUGUAUUCCAGAAACUGCUGCUCAACUUUACGUGGUGGGUGAACCGCAAAGACUUCGAUGGCAAGAACGUUUUCGAGGGUGGUUUCCUGGGUCUGGACAACAUCGGUUUGUUCAACCGCUCCGAGCCCUUGCCUACUGGUGGUGUUCUGGAGCAGGCCGACAGUACGGGGUGGAUGGCUUUCUACUGCCUUUGCAUGCUCAACAUAUCUCUGGAGCUGGCGAAACACCGACGUACCUACGAAGACAUUGCAUCCAAAUUCUUUGAGCAUUUCAUCCUGAUAUCCGACGCCAUGACUUUCAGGUCGGGCGGACAGGAGACGAGUUUGUGGAACGAUGAAGACGGCUUCUACUACGAUGCGAUCUCCUGGGGUGGGCCUUGGACGCAGCAGAUGCCCGUACGGUCCUUGGUCGGCCUUAUCCCCCUGUAUGCGGUCCUGACUCUCGAACCGGAGCUCAUCAACAAAUUCCCCAAUUUCAAACGUAGGAUGGAGUGGUUCAUUGAGAACCGCCACGACGUGGCAGAGCGCAACAUCGCCUCCAUGCGCAAGAGAGGUAAAGAUCAGCGCCUGUUGUUGUCGCUGGUUAGCAAGGACAGGCUCGAAAAGAUUCUGAAGAGGAUGCUCGAUGAGACCGAGUUCCUCGCCGAUCACGGCAUCCGGAGCUUGUCAAAGUAUCACGAAAAUCACCCCUACAGCAUGGAUGUCAAUGGUCAGAAGUUUGGUGUCAGCUACGUUUCGGGUGACUCGGAUUCCGGCCUCUUUGGUGGAAACUCCAAUUGGCGUGGCCCCAUCUGGAUGGCGGUGAACUUUUUGCUUGUCGAGUCUCUGCUCCGGUUCUACAUGUUCUACGGCACCAGUUUCCAGGUCGAGUGCCCGACCGGCUCUGGUGAGUACAUGCACCUGGGCCACGUCGCGGAAGAGAUCCAGCAUCGUCUGCAACAUCUCAUGGUGCGUGACCACGAAGGUCGUCGUGCGAUCAACGCGGGCAACGACACGCUCGACUUUGAUCCUCACUGGAGAGACUACCUGUGGUUCUUUGAGUUCUUCGACGGCGACACGGGCCGUGGGCUCGGGGCCUCCCACCAGUGCGGCUGGACGGGUCUGAUGGCCAAGAUGAUCCACGACACCGGCAUCAACUGCCGCCUGCCACAGACCCCGAGGACUCCUUCCACGGCCGCCUCCCACUACUUUGACGACAUCUACGGCCGUGGCCUCACCCGGAAAAACACUUACGUCGGUACCCCCGGCCCCGGCCCGCGGAUGCGACGGUCGUCGACCUCCCGGUCCAUCGGCAACCGAUCGAGCUUUGUGUCUAGCGUCAAUGGCGACGCCAAAUCCGAGGACGGUGGCGAAGGCGAACAACACGGCUAUUUCCCCAAGGUGCCGUCCCACAGUGGGAUGUCGGAUUCCGACGCGUGGGGCGAGGAGGACAAGCUGGAAAAGGAGCGCCGGAAGAGCGUCGCCGACAGUCACUUCGAAAAGUACGUCGGGGAGCAACUCAGUCGACUCAAGACGGAAGAAAGCGUCGCGGUCUACGAGGAUGAGUUUGAAGCUCAAUUGGACUAAGUUGUGAGGUCGAGGGAACUGAGGUAAUGCUCACGACGGUGGAGGGUAGAUGAUUACAGAUUGGAAAGGAAAGGGGGGAUUGGGAGCAUAGAAAGCAACGAGAGCAAAGUAAAAAGGAGCGUCGUUUGGGAUGAGCGCGUCUUGCAUUUAAGACGAGACGGAAACGUAUGGAGCAAGCAAAGCAAAGAGAGGUGCUGUUUACGUACGGAGUCGGUAUCCAGGUGGUCGAGGGACUAGCAAACCAUCUCAAGUAUAGAUCAUCAUUCAUCAAAUAAAGAAAGACUUG